AUUCAUUUCCCUCCAGGUGGAUGCCCAUCCACAUUUCUCAUUCAACGCAUUAUUCUCUUGAUUUUUCUACUAGCGGAACUCCAGGGAUUAUCCUGUAUAAUCGAAAAACAUCCCAUCCACAACCUGAGAACGAACGAUACGAUACGAUCGCCGUCCCUGUCCUCAGUAUAACAUAACCAUAACCUUCUACCAUUCCUGUUGAUUGAGUCAAUUAUCUCGAGGUUAUACUGGGAUUUUAUUAGCCGCUCGCCGAUAAGGGGUUAUUUGUUAUAGCCGACGUUCUUUCCGAGCUUCUCUGGACAUACCGAUUCGGACUCAAUUCCCAUCCGGAUUUACUCGAUCUGCGUUAUUAUUCCUCGCACUGGAAAAGAGCGCGUGUCUUAUUUAUUCGAGAGCUGGGAAGCCUGUGUCUGGAUCUGGUUCGGAUAUACCUGAUUCGCAUUGUAGAAAAGUACCCACACGAGACAGACAAGAGGAAUUUAAGGGAAAGGGUUGAAAUCAACACGAGACAACAUGGCGAAUGGAUGGAGUCUAUUAGUCGGUCUAGUGGUCGUCGUUAUCGCUUCCCUCGCUGCUUGGGUAUUUAGUCCCAAGGGCGAGAAUCAGACACUCUGGCGAAGUUCACUCAUCCUAGCGUUCGCUGCUUGUUAUUUGAUGUGGGCAAUCACCUUCCUCUCGCAGCUACAUCCUCUCAUCGUCCCGAUGAGAUCGGAUAUCAGACCUGGCCGGGUACCGCACUGAUCGAGGCAGUUGACUUAAUUAAUUGAAUAAUCGAUUGUGCUUGUAAUGCUUACUUUCCUCCUAUGUAUGUUGUAACUAGUUCUUUAGAAUUCGGGGGGUUAAGGUGCAUUUGUCCAUUUUUUGCUUUUGUUUCUAUCAUAUCAUUUUGUUCAGGAUAGUUAUUUAGUAUCAAUGAAUGUAUUUGAUUCGGUUCGAUCAUGGGA